UUGCUUGCACAUGCGUUUUGCCUUCCCCGUCGAAGAGUGCUACGCCGCUGGAGGGGCUGCGAUGGAGCUGCCGGUCGAGGAGCUGAUGCCGCGGCUUCUGCCCGUGGAGGACUGCGACCUCUCGGAGGAUUUCGACCCUACUGUGCCCCCCAGAACACCCCAAGAGUACUUAAAGCGGGUUCAAAUUGAAGCUGCAAAAUGUCCUGAUGUUGUCGUGGCCCAGAUAGAUCCCAGAAAAUUGAAAAAGAAGCAGACGGUGAAUAUUUCACUCUCAGGAUGCCUUCCUGCCCCUGAAGGAUAUUCACCAACCCUGAAAUGGCAACAACAACAAGUGGCUCACUUUUCAGCUGUUCGCCAGAGUGUGAACAAACACAGGAACCACUGGAAGUCCCAGCAUUUGGACAGCAACGUUACAAUGCCCAAAUCAGAUGAUGAAGAAGGCUGGAAAAAAUUUUGUCUGGGUGAAAAGUUAUAUUUAAAUACAGGUGUUCAAGUACCCAGUGAUGAAAAUCAAGGAAUUGAUUAUGUGCAGGUUGGCUUUCCUCCAUUGCUGAGCAUUGUUAGCAGAAUGAAUCAGGCAACAGUAACCAGCAUUUUGGAAUAUCUGAUAAACUGGUUUUCAGAGAAGGAAUUUUCUUCAGAACUGGGCAGAUGGCUCUACGGUCUGCUGGCCUGUCUUGAAAAACCACUGUUACCAGAGGCUCACUCCCUAAUUCGGCAGCUGGCCAGAAGAUGCUCUGAAGUGAGAGUCUUGGAGGAGAACAAGAAUGAAGAAAGAGUAUCUGCUCUGAACUUGUUAAUUUGCUUAGUUGGCAGGUAUUUUGACCAGCAUGACUUAGCAGAUGCACCAUCCUGAUAAAGUAUGGAGAGCAAGGAAGCAUAGGCUAUCAUGACAGCUGAGAAGGAAUGCCAUGCCAUGCUGGUAUAAUCAUCCAGCUCUUCUGUGUCUUAAGGAUGAAGAAUUGCAGCUGUUCUCUACUUCCCAGCAUGAUGUUGCAGGAUCUUGUGAUCAACGAGAAGAAUAAUUUAUAGUGGUUUUAGCAACAGUCCUGGAUAACUCCACUUGAAAGGGGUCAACAGCAGAGCUCCUAAACACUGUCUUGUAGACUCCUUUGCCAGCAAGCUGCUGUGAGAACUGUAUCCAUAUUGCAAGCUCAUCCAGGUUAAAUGGGGAGCAAUCCUAAUAAUCUGUUUAAAAUCCUGCAGAUUUUAAAAACUCAUAUAUAGGGCCUUUUUAAGUUUUACAAUAAAGCUUUUUUAAGCUG